CUUUGUGUGAUUUGAUUCCAUGUGUUCCUGUCAGACUGGAGUCCCAGAUGACCUCAGACAUCCAGGCCAUCCUGCACCUCCUCCAGAGGCAGACCACGUCCGGGCCCCCCGCCUACAGCACCGUCACCUCCAGCCCGGAGUACCAGAGGCCGGCCAUCAGGGUGCAGCCGGUGUCGGCCCUGCAGGCGGAGUUCAGCCUGGACCCUGCUCCGCCCCGGCCUCAGAGCCCGGAGAAGACCCCGAACAGAUCCACAGACGGCUCCCCGGUGCUCCUGCGACCCGACGCUCUUCCAGACGGGGGCGUGGCCUCCCUGCUGGAGACAGACUGGGUCUCGGAGCAGAGACACACACAGGACAGCUCUGUGGAGCCCCCCCCCCACCAGAGGCUGCCGUCAGGCCGACAAGCCUCCCUGCCUGAAGUGGGCUCAGCACCGUCAGCACUGCAGCGGCCUGUGUCUGACCCGGGGCUCCCAGGAAACUAG